AUGCGACUUGCGUACUUCCGGCGGGACUGCGACCGCGCAGACGUCUUCGAGUCGACCUACCUCCGCUGCCACCACGCGCAUGGUCUCAAGGUGCUCCGAUGCUUUCCACACUGCAGCCCCGUCUGCUGCCCGCACAGCUCAUACCGCAACUGCGGCGCGUCCGUGAGCGUCCGCAUCGCGGGCAUCGACGCGGCGUCGGUCGUGGCGUACGCCCGCUUUGAGAGC